UUCUUUGCGCUUGCGCAUCUCAAUGCCGAGCGCCCCGACGGCCCAAAACCCCGUCGCUGGUCUUCCUCCUCCAGCGAGCGCCGCCACCCCGUCCCGCUGCCGAGCGCCCCAGCCCCCUGGCUCCCUCGCUCGUCUUCCUCCUCGUGCGAGCGCAUCCACCGCAGGAUUUUUGGAGCAUGAAAUAAGAUGCUCCUCAAAAGCAAAUUCAAGCUGGCCACGGCUGUCGGCAUCGUGUUGUCGAUUCUGUCGCUGCUGGUGCACCUUUUUCUUGCAAACUAUUCUGCUGGCGGGAUCACAAACCCUAGCGUGCUUAAGGAUCAUGUCCUUCCAUUUGGAUCGAGACCCCGACCCCGUAGAUUGUGGGGACCAUUGAGUACACUCGAUCACCUACACCCCUAUGCAGAACCUAGAAAAGUCUACCCUGCUCCAGCUAUGCAGAAUGGUUUUAUUUAUGCAAAGAUUUAUGGUGGCUUUGAGAAGAUACAGUCUUCAAUCUGUGAUCUUGUCGCCGUUGCCAGGCUCUUAAAUGCCACUCUUGUCAUUCCUGAAAUACAAGCGACAACUCGUGCAAAGGGCAUCAGCUCAAAAUUUAAAAGUUUUUCAUACCUCUAUCAUGAAGAGCACUUCAUUGCUGCACUUUCCAACGAUGUGCCUAUUGUGCGGGGUUUGCCAAAGGAUCUCAGAGAAGCUAGAAAAAAGAUAAAAUUUCCCACAGUAUCUCCUAAGAAUACAGCGACUUCAGAAUAUUACACCACAGAAGUCUUGCCCAGGCUUGCCAAAUCAAAAGUCAUUGGGAUAAUCAUUAAUGGAGGUAAAUGUCUCCAGUCAAUCCUUCCUGCAAGCUUGGAGGAACUUCAAAGACUUAGGUGCAGGGUAGCUUUCCAUGCUCUCAAGUUCCGUCCAGAAAUUCAGUCUCUUGGGAGCCAAAUUGUAGAAAGGCUGCGAGCAUCUGGUCGUCCUUAUCUAGCAUAUCACCCAGGAUUGCUAAGAGAUACUCUUGCUUUUCAUGGCUGUGCAGAACUUUUCCAGGACAUCCAUACAGAACUUAUUCAAUAUAGAAGGAAUCAGAUGAUCAAGCGAGGAACUGUAAAGGAACAGCUCUCAGUUGAUUCAGUGUCCAUGAAGAUAAAUGGUUCAUGUCCACUCAUGCCAGAGGAGGUUGGACUUCUACUCCAAGCAUUAGGUUAUCCAUCAACUACAAUAAUAUACUUGGCUGGAUCUGAGACCUUUGGUGGGCAAAGAGUACUUAUUCCUCUACGAGCUAUGUAUGCCAAUUUAGUUGAUCGCACUUCCUUAUGUACUCGGAGGGAGCUAUCAGAUUUAGUUGGCCCAGAGGCUCCUCUCUCCUCAGAUACACCACAUCCUCCAUCUCCCAAGAGCGAGAAGGAACUCAUUGAAGAAUGGAAGAAAGCAGGGCCACGCCCAAGGCCACUCCCUCCACCUCCUGCAAGACCAUUUUAUGCUCAUGAGAAGGAAGGGUGGUAUGGGUGGAUUGGUGAGAAUGAUACAGAACCUGACCCAUCACCCAUUGAAUUUAGGAGGCAAGCGCACCGGUUGCUCUGGGACGCGCUUGAUUAUUUUGUUUCUGUUCAAGCUGACGCAUUCUUUCCUGGCUUUCACAAUGAUGGGAGUGGUUGGCCAGACUACUCAAGUUUGGUAAUGGGGCACCGGUUGUACCAAAACUCCUCUGGUAUAACCUAUAGGCCUGACAGAAGGACUGUUGUGGGACUGUUUCAAAAUGUCAGCGAUCAUCUUUAUCACCCGCCACGGAAUUGGACAUUGGCUGCACGUCAGCAUCUGAAUAAUAGUGCAGGCAUAGAUGGCAUCAUAAUGUCGGCUAUGAUGUCAAAACCUGCAUCUUUUCUUGCACACCCGUUACCAGAGUGCUCUUGCAGAACGGCGAAGUCACCUGCCAUUCAAUCAGUGAAAGAUAAGCACGGCGAGCUCCUAUUUGGUGGUGAAGAAGAGUGCCCUGAUUUGAUCGUUCGCAGCCUAGCCAAGGUAGCCACCAAGAAUAACGAACCUCAAAAUGAGGAUUACGAGGGUGAGUUGCUGGAAGAUGACUCCAGCCAAGGCAUGCAGGAGUCAGAUAGAAGCGACACGAAUAAAUCCUCGGAGCAAGACGAGGAGAUGGAUCCAGAUGAUUAAAAGAGAUGUGGAGCAUGAAGCUACAUCAUACCCACCAUCCGCUGUGAGCUCCAGAUUAUUCAGGCAGUUACCAGCUCCAGUUUACUCGAGCUGUAGCAGCAUACAUUGCAGGGACCUACUGGGCCAGCGGACAGUCGCUUACAGCAACACAUCUUGGAAGCAUCCGAGCACGCACAAUAGGACUCUCGUCGACCUUGAUUGCUUGCCUGGAUUAUCUCUGGUAUAUGACCUCGACACAGAACUAACAGUUGAUUCUUCUCUCUGUGUUCCUUUUUUGUUGCGCAUUUUUUGUGGGCGCACCCUGAAGAAAUCGUUGCUGUACAAAUGUCUAUCGAUGAGGAAGGAUACAUUAAAUUUUUGGUGAGCUUGAUAUAAGCAUCACGAGGGAACUCAACGUUGUGCUACUGCAAAGGACAAUAUGUUGCUCUCUAACAGCUGGGUGUUAAAUUUUCUAUAUGCAUACGAGCUUAUUAAGUACUACGGAGUACCCCGUCCGAUCCUAAAUUCUUGUCCUGGUUUUGUUUAAAUUUGAACUGAAACCACGACAAGAAUUUAGGAUCGGAGGGAGUAGUUUUUUUCAGGUUGCAUUGCCAUGUUAUUGUCUCUCCAUUUCACAAUAUUUUCUCCUGAACAAAGUUAAAUUUAUGUUU